CGGAGGCGAUCCUGCCUUUUUUUUUUGUCUGUGCGUGACCGCUGCAGCGGUUUUUUCCCCCAGCGGCUCCCGGCUCAGCACGAACAUGGCGGACCAGGCCCUCUCCUUCGCCAAGGACUUCCUGGCGGGCGGCGUGGCCGCGGCCAUCAGCAAAACCGCAGUGGCGCCUAUCGAGCGGGUCAAGCUGUUGCUCCAGGUACAACAUGCAAGUAAACAAAUUGCUGCUGACAAACAGUACAAGGGUAUCAUUGAUUGCGUAGUGCGUAUCCCAAAGGAGCAAGGAAUGCUGUCCUUUUGGCGUGGGAAUUUGGCAAAUGUCAUCAGAUAUUUCCCCACUCAGGCUCUCAAUUUUGCUUUCAAGGAUAAGUAUAAGCAGGUGUUCUUAGGAGGAGUGGACAAGCACACUCAGUUUUGGAGGUAUUUUGCUGGUAACCUGGCCUCUGGUGGUGCAGCUGGUGCCACUUCUCUCUGCUUCGUCUAUCCCUUGGAUUUUGCAAGAACCCGUUUGGCUGCUGAUGUUGGAAAAGCUGGUGCUGACAGAGAAUUCAGAGGUCUGGGGGACUGUCUAGUCAAAAUUACCAAGUCUGAUGGUCUGCGUGGCUUAUAUCAAGGGUUCAAUGUGUCUGUGCAGGGUAUCAUCAUCUAUAGAGCUGCCUACUUUGGAAUCUAUGAUACAGCAAAAGGCAUGCUCCCAGAUCCCAGAAACACUCACAUUGUGAUAAGCUGGAUGAUUGCACAAACAGUGACUUCUGUGGCUGGUGUUAUCUCCUAUCCUUUUGAUACAGUGCGGCGUCGAAUGAUGAUGCAGUCAGGACGUAAAGGAGCUGACAUCAUGUACUCCGGAACAAUUGACUGUUGGAAGAAGAUUGCAAGGGAUGAAGGAGGAAAAGCUUUUUUCAAGGGUGCAUGGUCCAACGUUCUCCGAGGCAUGGGUGGUGCUUUUGUGCUCGUGCUGUACGAUGAAUUAAAGAAAGUAAUUUAAAAACAGCCUAACUAGAAUUGGUAACCAAGUUGAGCAGAUCAUGUAGAAUAACUUUACCAUUAUGGACCAUUGACCUUCAAGAAAUUCCUGUGUUGUCUUAUUUAUCGGGGCCAGAUCACGUUGGUAGAUGGGGCUAGAAACUUAUCAAGGGAACUGAUCCAUUUCAAGAUUGCCUUUUUUUUGCAGACACUGAAACUGAUAGUUUAGCAUAUUGAAUUUUCUGUAUCAAUGUUGGGAUAUCAGUGGCAGUAGUUCUGGGUCCACAGAAGCAGUUUGGGCAAAGAAAGUUGUGGUUUUUUUUUUUUUUUUUUUUUCCCUAUAUUUGCCCUCCGAUCAUUCUCUAGUUUCCUGUCUUAUAGGACCAUAAAAUUGUUUGCAUAUUUGUUUAACAAAUCAUGUCUAUUCCACUUGUAUUUAAGCACUCUGUACCAUUUUGCACAGCUGAACCUUUAGCAAGUAUGUUCUUUUAAAUUGGGGCAUUCUGCUGUAAAACAAUAAAUAUACUUACUCUGUUGAAACUAA